AUGCGCAAUCGUCCCGCGCAGGCCAUCUACGUUCCACCUCAUAUGCGGAAGGCUCCUCAAAACGCAGCCGAGAGCCAUGAAGGCGGCGUUUCUCUGAAUGACAACGUGGCUUUCGACAACGGUGUCACAUUCAAUGAUGGCGCAGCGGGUACUGGUGGUGUUGGCCCUCGCGUAGGCGAAGAUGCACAAAGCUCUACGCAACCCACAACCGCUCCUCCUAGUGCGGCAACGGCUCCAGCUCAGCCUCCGGAGCAGGUACAGCAAACUAACGAAUCGACCAACGCCUGGGGCCAAACCCCUCCGCCUACGGCUCCACAGGACACGAUGGACAACCGCCAUUCGCAAAAGCAAGACAACACCUACAUCAAGUCCAAGCGUAACAGCAAGUGGGCUACCAACAAAGAGAUCCGAGAGAGGGUUAUGAAAGACUCUAACGAGCAUAUUGGUGCUUGGGGCUCCAAUGGCUCUGAUACCGGUUUCAACUCCAACCCAGGCGCCGACCCUCAGCACGACAUCAAGAAGCUGGUAGACUGGGAAGGCAACUGGCUCCCCGGUCCCACCGAUUGGGAAUCUCGCCGCAGCUUCCACCACCAUAACUUCAACGAAGAGAUGAUGCGCUUCGUAUAUGGCUCCAUCGACAAGGACGCCACCGUUGACGUCCGCAAUGAGCCAAGCUUUUUGAGCAUCCCUAAUGGUGAAGUUGCGCCUAGUGCUUGGGCUUCUAUUCGCAUUGAGGGUACAUCGCUCCAGGAGUGGUGGAGCAAUCACGUUGGAAGCUCUCUGGCAGAGCCUGACAGCAAGGCUUGGUGGAGGGAUUACAUCUCCGAAGAGUCUAGCCUUCUAGUUCCCUACCACGUCCCCGAGGCAAAGGUUGACCCUGCCGACACUGAGGGCCAGAUUCUUUACGUUCAUGAUCUCGGUUCUGGACAUGCCUCUGAUAAGUUGAUGGAGCGGAGGAACAAGAAGAAGGCUGACAGAGAGAGGCGAAACGCACGCGAGCGCGAGCAGCAUGCUGCACUCGCCGCGGAGAUGAAGCCUGCCACUUUCCAGAUGCCUGAGAAGAUCAAGCCGAAGAUCAGCUUGUACAUCCGCCCCGCACUCGCCGCCGAUGCGCAUCAGAUCGCCGGGAUCUACAACCACUACGUUGAUGAGAGCAUCCGAUCUGCCGAAGUGAUGCCCCUCUCGGCCUUGAGCCUUUCUCAGCGAAUCGCCGAUGAGACUGCAAGCGGCAUGCCUUGGCUUGUUGCAUGCCAGAAGGGCAGGAAGGCAGGACGAGGCUACACCAAUGGUACCGACGCUAUGGUUCUCGGUUUUGCUUGCGCUUCGGACUUCCUCAGUCGUCAGAGCAUGAUCGGCAGUUGCCUGAUGGAUAGACUUCUUUACGUCCUCGAUCCCCUCUACGAUUCGCCUGGAGGUUACCAAUUCACUGGAACCGGUCCGUUCGCUGAGCACGGUGGCUCAAGGGUCAUCGGCUCUGUCAUCAUGAACGUUCCAUUCGACAAGAAGGAUCCCGCGGACUUGAAGGGUGUUGUCAACUUUCUCGGCAAGUUCGGUCUCAAGAAGGAGGCUGAGCUGGCUAACAUCGGCGUGAAGCAAGAGAUGCAUGUCAGCUUGGCUGUGUUCCGGUACACAACCGGCAACACGAUCGAUCCCAAGUCUGCUAUCUUGAGGUAG